CCUCCCUAUUCCUUAACCUACGGGCUCUGCCUUGGAACAGCAGGCGGGACUGAAUCCGCCCCUACCCCGCCGCCACCUGGGCCUGGUAGCCCAGUUCUUGGCGGUAGCGACAUGCGGCUCCUGUUCCUGGCAGUACUGAGGCCUCACACUGGCAACGCGAUCACGGCUGGGCGCCUACGGGACCACCUAGAAGCGGCAGGCCACAUAUGCGUUCUGAGAGAUGCCUUUGAUUUUGAAAGCCCAUCUGAAAUUGCCAGCCUGAUCGUGGAUGAGAACCUGGAAGCGGCACUAGCUCUUCACCUCUACCGAGGAGGCAGACUUCUGCAAGGUCACGGCAUUCCUUUUGGGGUCAUCUUUGGUGGAACUGACUUAAAUGAAGAUGCCAAUCACAAAGAAAAAAAGGAAGUCAUGGGGAAAGUUCUAGAGGAAGCCAGGUUUGCUGUGGCAUUCACCGAGGCAAUGAAGGACACAGCGCAGCUGCAGUGGCCACAUGCAACAGGGAAGAUCUUUGUCCAGAGUCAAGGAAUCGCAACAAUACCAAAUGCCAACUUUAACUGGAACUCCUUCCUCCAGCAAUCAGAGAUCGACCAAAGCGCUGACAACCUGUAUAUAUUCCUCAUAAUCUGUGGACUCAGACCCGUGAAGGAUCCUCUGUACCUGGUGGACGCGUUCUCGGAAUGGCAUCAAGAAGCACCCAAUGUUUACAUGGUGAUCGUAGGUCCUGAGGUAGAUCCAGUGUUUACAAGGGAAGUGAAAGAGCGGGUGAGGAGGGCUGCAGGGGUGCGGCUGAUCCGAGAGAUGUGCCAGGAAGAUCUGCAUGCCGUGGUGAAGAGCUGCUUUGCGCUGGUCAACAGCUCAGUCUCCGAGGGCAUGUCAGCCGCCAUCUUGGAGGCAAUGGAUUUGGAAGUUCCCGUGCUGGCCAGGAACAUCCCUGGGAACUCGGCGGUGGUAGAGCACGGGGUCACGGGACUGCUGUUUUCCAACCCUCAGGAGUUCAUUCAGUUGGCAAAGAGACUGGUUAGCGAUCCCGCACUGGAGAAGGAAAUCGUGACCAACGGAAGGGAAUACGUGAGGACGCAUCAUUCCUGGCAGGUGGAGAGAGACACCUACCAGCGCCUCAUCAGGAAGCUGGAGAUGAACUUGGAGGAUUAAAUGAUGGAAGUCCGUGCUCACCACAUCUGUCCAAACAAUCAUCAGGUGCUCAGCUCUGGGCAGACGCCAAGAGAUGGGACCCAGUCCUGGACCACUGGAAUCCUAGAGUCCCUAGGAACACAUCCACCACCACCCCCUCCCCAAGUCUUCUCUUGUUUGGCAGACAGUUCUGUGCUUACAGCUCAGUUCUGGGUGGACUUAUAGCUCACUUCUGAAAGUGCUUGUGGCUCAGUUCCAGAGGUGCUUACAGAUCAGUCCUCAGUGCUCAGUGGGCUUGUAGGCUCACUGCUGAAAGUGCUUAUGGCUCAGUCCCAGAUGGGUUUGCAGCUCAGUGCAGGAGAUGGAGGUGCAUCUCAGGGGCCUUUGGGGGAGUGUUCCAAGGACUGCUUUUACAAUGUAUGGAGGCUUAUUGAUAAGCAACAAAAACCAAAAAGGCCAGGAUUGCCAAUGGAGUGGAGCUGGCAGCGUUUUUUGAUAUGAUAUUGAUCUAUAAGCCAUCACCAGGCAUGGGGUUGGAGGGGGUUGGUGGGAGGCAGGCCGUGGCUGCCAUGCUAAUAAGCUCUGAAGAGGUUGUGAAUGCAUCAUGUUGUGUCACUUCUCACGAGUGCACCUGAGAGCCAAGCUUGCUGCUUUCCAAAAGAGGCUCCGCCCAUCUGUAUGACAUCACAGGGACCCUGGACGAUGAUUGGAUGGUCCCUAAGAUGGAGGCUGGAGCCUUGAAUUCAAUGUGGGCGGUCUUUCCUCUUAGAGCUAAGGAAUUGAGAACAAGUGUUGAUUGAGUCACAAGACUCUAGACAAUGGUGGGACCCAAGACUGUGACAAGAGGUCACUGGGGUAGGAGAAGUCAGCUUGGGUGGUGGCGGUCUUUCGAUGGGAUCUCCCUACAACAGUGCUCCGC